GGGAGCCCAGGCGGCGCCCGGCGCGCCUCGGGCCCCGCCGCUGGUCACCGCCCCGGAGCCCGGAGCACGACUUCCUCCUCGGGGGCCGGCGCGCGGGGCGGGACGGGGCGGGGCAGGCGGGGACGCCCCCGCCCGGCUGGGCGCAGAGCCGCCCCAAUGGGAUUCGGUGCGGGGCAGCCGCUGCGCCCCAUCCCCGCGCAGCGCUCGGCCGCGGAGCAGGCGGCCAGGUCUGGGCAGCAGCGGCGCAGGACCCGUCGAGGGGAGACCGAGCCUGCGAAGCUGGCGUCUGGGGGGGCCAUGGUGCCCGGCGCCCGCGGUGCACUGCUGCCGAGGACUGCCGGGCCCAGCCUCCUGGCCCUGUUGCUCGCGGUCUCCGCCCCGCUCCGGCUGCAGGCGGAGGAGCUGGGUGAUGGCUGUGGGCACAUUGUGACCUAUCAGGACAGUGGCACAAUGACGUCUAAGAACUACCCAGGGACUUAUCCCAAUAACACUGUGUGCGAAAAGACUAUCAGAGUCCCAGAGGGGAAGAGACUGAUUCUGAGGUUGGGAGACUUGGAUAUUGAAUCCAAGACCUGCGCUUCUGAUUACCUUCUCUUCACCAGCUCUUCGGAUAAAUACGGUCCAUAUUGCGGAACUAUGACUGUCCCCAAAGAACUCUUGCUGAAUACAAGUGAAGUGACUGUCCGCUUUGCAAGUGGAUCCCACAUUUCUGGCCGGGGUUUCUUGCUAACUUAUACCAGCAGUGACCAUCCAGAUUUAAUUACGUGUUUGGAACGAGCUAACCAUUAUCUGAAGACCGAAUACAGCAAAUUCUGCCCUCCUGGUUGUAGAGACAUAGCAGGUGACAUUUCUGGGAAUAUGGUAGAUGGAUAUAGAGAUACCUCCUUACUGUGCAAAGCCGCCAUCCAUGCAGGAAUCAUUGCGGAUGAACUGGGCGGCCAGAUCAGCGUGCUUCAGCGCAAAGGGAUCAGUCGAUAUGAGGGAAUCCUGGCCAAUGGUGUGCUCUCAAGGGGCGGUUCCCUGUCAGACAAGCGAAUUCUGUUUACCUCUAAUGCUUGCAGCAGAUCCUUGAGUUUGGAACCUGACAGGCAAAUCAGAGCUUCUUCCUCUUGGCAGUGGGCCAAUGAGGUUGGAGAACAAGUUCACUGGUCUCCUGGCCAAGCCCGACUCCAGGACCAAGGCCCGUCAUGGGCUUCAGGAGAUAGCAACAGCAACCACAGACAACGAGAGUGGCUAGAGAUAGACUUGGGGGAGAAAAAGAAAAUAACAGGAAUCAGGACCACAGGAUCUACACAGUCAAAUUUCAACUUUUACGUGAAGAGUUUUGUGAUAAACUUCAAAAACAACAACUCGAAGUGGAGGACCUAUAAAGGAAUUGUGAAUAAUGAAGAAAAGGUGUUUCAGGGCAAUUCUAACUUUCGGGACCCUGUGAGGAACAAUUUCAUCCCUCCCAUUGUGGCCAGAUACGUGCGGGUUGUCCCUCAAACAUGGCACAAGAGGAUAGCCUUGAAAGUGGAGCUCAUUGGUUGCCAGAUUACACAAGGUGGGAACGUCACCACUGUCGCUGUUCCAUUGGUGCUCCUUGUGGUCCUGCUGCUUGUAGGACUGGGGAUCUUUGCAGCCUUCAGAAAUAUAAGGAGGAAGAAGAAGGGAAAUCCAUAUGGAUCAACUGAUACUCAGAAACCAGGCUGUUGGAAGCAGAUUAAGUACCCCUUUGCCAGGCACCAGUCAACCGAGUUUACCAUCAGCUAUGACAAUGAGAAGGAGUUGACACAAAAGUUAGAUCUCAUCACCAGUGAUAUGGCAGAUUACCAGCAGCCUCUCAUGAUUGGCACCGGGACAGUCACAAGGAAGGGCUCCACCUUCCGGCCCAUGGACCCGGAAGCCCACGAGUUAGGGGCGAGCUCCGAGCCUGGCGGCCACUACGACUGUCCUCACCGCACGGGCCGCCACGAGUACGCGCUGCCCUUGACGCACCGGGAGCCUGAGUACGCCACGCCCAUCGUGGAGCGGCACCUGCUUCGGACCCACACCUUCUCCGCGCAGGACGGCUACCAUGUCCCCGGCCCCAGGCCGGCUCACAAACACUCCCUCUCCGCCGGCGGCUUCUCCCCUGCGGCGGGAGCCGGCGCCGAGAGCCCCGCGCCGGCGGACCGGGGCUACGACAAGCCCAAAGCCAACAGCGUCUUCGCCCCCCAGAGCGGAGACCCAGCUCCUCAGGAGCCGCGGCUGAGUCCGGGGGCGAAUGACGGUUACUCGGCUCCCAGAGACUGCCUCCAGCCCCUCCAGCACACUGCCUCGCCGGCCCUUUAGCGAACACAAUGUGAAAGCCACCUGGUGUGGUCCCCGGUGGCGGUGUGUGUGAGCCCCUGGAAGAAGGGCGGCUGCUGUGCAUCCCUGUGUGCGCGCGUUCGAGUCCACGGGAUCCCGCGGAGAGGUGCUCUCCAACUGUUUACAAAAUUGUGCAGCUGAUACUGUUCUGACCCUUAGGGCGAGAAUCUGUUGGUUUUUGUUGGGCUAGAAAAUAACGAAAAUUUCCAGAUGGCAUUGUCAUUUCUCUAACUGUGAUACUGAGCUUCUUUGGUGUAAGAUGUGCAAUCGAUACAGAGUUGUAUUGAACAAGAAGUGAAAGUAACCGAAGAUUGCCUUACCGGAGUUCAGGCCUGCCCAGAGGUUAAGUGGGAAAAUGCAGCCGCUGCUGUGUGCCGCGGUAUCCACCAGGACGUCCAUUUUCCCCCAGCACGUUUUGGUAUCCCAUACCGAGCUAGCAGCAGGCCUGUCUCCGCUUAAUCCUGUUGUUACUGUGGCUCAUUUCCUUUCCUUUGAUAGCCAGAACUGAAAACAUUUUUAACAUUCUUCCCCUGGAAGAAAUGAAAUUACUUGAAGCAUGAAAAGCACACCGGGGUGGUGGUUUUGUUUGGCAGUUAUAAUUGUAGAUUAAGACAAACACACCACCUCUGCGGCGGCGGCCAGUGUCUUUAGACACUUCCUGGAUGAGGAUGCGAAGUGGCAGACUGAGAGGCCCAUCUUCCCAGGCUGGUGGAGACCCCCGCUGCUCGCGGGCUGGGGGAAUGGGGUCUCUGAGGAAUGUGCUUGCUUCACUUUUUCCUUCCUCCUCCUCUCAGGCCCAGCAAACACUGCAACUUUCAAAUGCAAAACUGUUCUCUCAACAAGCUGAAAUGGAUGGAGGUAGCGCUGCAGUUAGAGUCUGUUUUGCUGUGUCAGAUGCUUUUGUGUCUCAGAUGAUAAAAACAUGGCUGAGGUCAGAGGCUCACGCUUCUCAUGACUUCCUUCCAAAACAGAGCAUGUUGGUGACUUCCAAGGUCCCCUAGAAAAGAAAAUGCUUAUUUGAAAUGGGUUCUCGCAGAAGUGACCAAGGCCAAGUCUUAAAUGGCGCUUUUCUGCUGAGAUGAUUGGGAACUGAACUGAUUUUGUUAAGAAAUUUCCCCUCAAGUAUGCGUCUGUAAUUCCAGAUUAGCCCAGGCCUCAGCUGUACCUCACACACAUGCUUUCAAUCUGAGUUUGCUUUGUGAAUGAACUGUGGGGGGUGGGGGCUAACCUCUUUUGCCAAAGAGGAAAUUAUGUGUUUGUUUUCUAGAAAAUAUCAACCAAAAAAUCAUUUUCAUAACGAAAAAAAUCUUUAACACUAUUGGUAUGGUUGUGCCUUUCUGUGAAAUGUGUCCAUAGUGUACUGCUCACUAAGGGAGGUGCUGGAAGGCAGACUUUGCUGGUUAUUGUGGGGGAGAAACCGUUUACUUUGUGCAGUUUACAUGAUUUUAUGUGCAUACUAAUUGUAAUAAACAAGCCAAAUCAAA